AGUAAAAUGGCGGCCAUAGUGUUGAGUAGAUCGUGUUUUUGUAGAUGUUUACGUUUGGAAUCGUUUAGUUUAAUUUAUAGAACUAAAUUCAUUUCUCAGUUUUCGUCGUAUCAUAGAUUAGUUAAUAUAAAACAAUUUAAACGGUCGAAUAGUCUCAUCCCUUUGAGAUCUUUGUCUAGUGAAGUGAAAAAUCAUGUAACUGCCGACUUAUAUUCCAAAGAUGACACUCGCAAGAAAGAUGAUAAUGGGAAAAAAGACUUCUCUAAGAAAGCCAUGAAACUUACAUUUAUCAUAUUUGGUACAAUAUUUACCGGAGUCACCGCAUUCCUUAUAUAUGAAUGGGGUAGUUGUCCAAGCGAGAAGCAUGGAAAUAGAAUAACAGAUGAAUUCUCCGAAAUGCCAAUCUGGAAAGCUUACAUUUUACGUUCUUACAAAGAAUUACUUUAUUAUGAUAAGAUGAUUAAAGAUCCAUCUCGUGAGAAACUACUGCCAGAUCCAUUAACAGAACCAUACUAUCAGCCUCCUUAUACUUUGGUAUUAGAAAUGACUGGUGUUCUUGUUCAUCCAGAUUGGACAUACCAAACUGGAUGGAGGUUUAAAAAACGACCAGGAGUUGAUUUCUUUCUUCAGCAAAUAGGACCACCUCUCUAUGAAGUUGUUGUGUACACUUCUGAACAAGGCUUUACAGCCUUUCCAAUUUUGGAUACUCUAGAUCCAAAUGGGUAUAUCACCUACAGGUUAUUUCGGGAUGCAACUCGUUAUCUUAAUGGACAUCACGUUAAGGAUUUAUCUUGUCUUAAUCGUGAUUUAUCUAAAGUGAUCUUUAUUGAUUGGAAUCAAAAGUCAUUUCAACUUCAACCUGGCAAUGCAUUAAAAAUUAAAAAAUGGUCUGGUGAAGAUGAUGAUCGUAAUUUAGUUGAUCUUGCAAUGUUUUUAAGGACUAUUGCUACAAGUGGUGUUGAAGAUGUUAGAACAGUGUUAGAUUUCUAUAGGCAAUUUGACGAUCCAUUAGAAGCCUUUAAAGAAAACCAAAGAAAGUUACAGGAACAAGAACGACAAAUAAAGCAAUUGCAAGAAGAGAAAAAGUCGUCAUUGACCGGAGCAUGGACAGGACGUUUCUUUAGGAGAUAAGUUUUUAAAUGUAAAAUAUGCAGUACGUUCAGUAUUGUUCAGACACAACUAAUACGAGUUUAGAUGAUAUAUUGUAUAUGUUUCUUUGAAAAUGGAAGAAUUUUAUGUUUUCUUUUUGUAAUAAAACAAGUUCAAAAUUA